AACGGCAAAUAGAAUUGAUUGACAAUAAAAUGAAUAAGUUAAAAUGAAACAAAGAGUUACAUUACUACUCUUACUACUCUAAUUAUAAGUCAUGUCUCAUGUGCAGCGCUGGCAUUGCUUUAGUGGCAAUUGGCCUCCACGCAAAUUAACAACAACGGUAGCUGUUAACCAAUAGCAAAUCAGUAACAAAACUGAGAGAAAGACAAGCGGAACCUGUUGCGCGAGCGCAGCUGAAAAGUAAAAGUUUACUCAUAUGACAAAUAGUUGGAAAUGACUAUUUUUUUGCUGACGAAGAAACAAUAGACUUAAGCAACAAACUCUUUUCUCUUGCCAUGGCCAAAAUGAACCAAUGACGACAGCGACAAAGACACGCAUACACCUACAUAAAACGUAAAUAAACAAGUUAUACUUUGAACAUGAUUCAGUUACGCUUGCGCCCCAUCGUCUUGUUACUGCUGCAGUUAUUUGCCUUAGUCAGCAGCGAAUAUAUUUAUGGCGAACCCAAGUUCAAAUGCCCCAGAAAACCACAAGUUUUGUACCCCUGUCUAUGUGUAAAUGGCAGCGAUGUUGGCAUUUUUGUUCGCUGCGAAAAUACAAACUUGGCCACGCUCUCGGUGGCCCUUCAGAACUUGGCUUCUCUGGAGUUGCCAGUGGAGGAGUUGACCAUAUACAAAGGGCAUUUCGUACGCCUCUUCGGACCGCUUUUUGCGCAUAUUAAGGCGCGUGUUUUGACCAUUGAGGAGACGCCACUUGCCACCAUUGAGGAUUAUGUAUUUUAUGGCAUGAACAAUACGUUAGAGCAGGUCAAGUUGCUGCGAACGAAUCUAAGUCAUGUUGGUCAGCUGGGAUUUGGCAUCUUGGGCAAAACUCGUGAGUUGGUAAUCGAUGGGCAUGCGUUUGAGAAACUGCCAAAGGAUCUGUUUUUGGGUCAAGAAAUUACCAACAAGCUCGAAAUUAUACGAUUUACGAAUGGCCUGUUGAGUGAUCUGCCCGUGGAGACAUUUCAACCGCUGCGAAAACUAAAAACUCUGGAUCUGCAUGGAAAUCAGCUGGAGAAUCUGAAGCGCAAUCAAUUUAAGAAUCUGCGUGAACUGGAAUUGCUGGACAUAAGUCAUAAUAAGAUCAAGAAACUGGAGGCGCAACACAUCUCGGAUCUAACAAAGCUGGGCUGGUGCAAUGUCUCACACAAUGCCUUAACCGAACUGAGCCGUGGCACCUUUGCCCGCAACUCGGUGCUCAAAGUUCUCAAUUUGUCACACAACAAGAUUGGCAAGCUGGACGCGAACAGCUUUCGAGGAAUGCGUUUUCUGCGUCGUCUCUUCUUGAGCGACAAUGCCAUCACAGAUGUGGGACGUGGCACGUUCGGCUCUGUGGCACGCAUUGGCACAAUCGAUCUGGCGCGCAACAAGCUGAAGAAGAUUGAGUAUCAAAUGUUUACGCAAAUGAAUUAUGUGGAGCUGGUGGACUUGGCAGAGAACAAUAUAACAAAAAUCGAGAAGAACUCAUUCAAGGACAUCUACCAGGCUGUCAUCAAUAUCUCGCACAAUGCCCUGGAGCUGAUUGAAACGGCUGCCUUUGAGAAUUGCAUUAAUAUAACCAAAUUGGAUCUCUCACACAAUCGACUUGCUAACUUCUCCCGUCGUAGUUUCGAUGAAACGACCUUCGCUACGGAGUUUCAGCUGAGCUUCAAUGUCUUUACCAACUUAGCACAGAUACCCAUUCAAAAUAUGUCUGGCCUGCGCAUCUUGAAUGUCUCGCACAAUAACAUUACGGAAAUACCCAAGAACUGUUUUCCCAAACUCUAUGAGCUGCACACAAUCGAUGUUUCGCACAACAACAUAUCUCAAAUAUUCAAUGGCGUCUUUCAAACGUUAUUCUCUUUGCGCUCCAUCGACUUGAGUUACAAUAGCAUGCGGGAGAUUAAAUCCUCGACUUUUGGCACAUUACCCACAUUGCUGGAGAUGAACUUGAGCCACAACAAACUGGUUAAUGUUAUGCGCGGUUCGCUGGCCAAGCUGACGAGCUUGCGGCAGCUCUUUUUGAAUAAUAAUCGAUUGGAGAAACUCUUCCAAUUGCCCAUCUCGUUGAAUGAGUUGUAUUUGAGUCACAACAACAUCAGCUCCAUACCAGCGGGUACUUGGCCCGUUAUGAAUUCCUUGAUCUAUUUGGAUCUCAGUCACAAUCAGCUUGCCGAUAAUUUGGAUGGACAGAGCUUUACGGGGCUGCUGGUUGUCCAACGCCUCCUGCUGCAGUCGAACGGCAUCAGCAAGCCGCCAUUGGAGGCGGUGGCUGUGAUGUCAACGCUGCAAUAUCUCUACCUAGAGAAUAACAACAUUAGUGUGUUGGAGCGAAGCGCCUUUGGCAAGCUGCCAGUUCUGUUUGAGCUCAAUCUUUAUGGGAAUCAGGUCUCGGAUAUUAGCAAACGGGCGUUCGAGGGGCUGCUGCAGCUGCUCACACUCAAUCUGUCAAGCAAUGGGCUGAGACAGCUGCCAAAUGAUAUAUUCAUUGGAUUGCCAUCGUUGCGCACGCUCGACCUGUCGCACAAUGCCCUCUCGAAGCUGGACAAUAAGACGCACGGUGUGCUGGACGAUUUGCUCAGCCUGGAGACACUUAACUUGAGCCACAAUCGCAUCAGUUUCGUGACCAAGAAGACCUUCCCAUCCCAUCAGUAUAUACCCUACAAUCUGAAGUACUUGGAUCUGAGCUACAAUCAAAUGCCCGUGCUCACCUAUGAUAUAACCUUCGGUACAAAGAAGUUACUCAAGUUGAAUGUGUCCCACAAUCAAAUUAACGAACUGCGUCGCGGCGUCUUAUCGAACUUCACCUCACUGCAAUCAUUGGAUUUGUCCCACAAUGAGUUGACGAAUCUGAUGUCCGAGGAGCAUAUCUUCGAUCUGCCCAAGAAUCUGAGCAGCUUGGACAUUUCGCACAAUCAAAUCUAUCAUUUGCCCUUUGGCAAUUUGAUCAAGACGAAGUCGCUGAAAUACAUUGACCUGCGGAACAAUAGCCUGGAGGAUAUACCAGCCUCACUGGUGGCCACCAUGCACAAUGGUAGCCAAGUUCUGUUGGCCGAGAAUCCGCUGUAUUGCGGCUGUAACGUUCGACCGUUGAAGCAUUUUAUGCUGCAGCAGACAGCGCCUAGCGAAGACCUGAGCAGCGUCAGUUGCCAGACGCCCAGCAUUGUCAAGGAUCAGCACCUGCUGAACAUUGAAGAUGAAUACCUAAAUUGCAGGGAGGAUGAGCUGGAGCUCUAUGCGGGCAACGAGUACAAACAGCUGACGGAUGUCCGCUUUCGCGAGGUGCAAACCAAUAAGGCGGGCAAUCUGACCAUGCGCUGGUUUGUCUCGGCCAUUGCAGACGUGGCGGACUUUAAUGUUUACAUACGCAGCAGCAGCAACGAGAUUUUGCACCAGGCGGACUAUGCCUACAAUCAGCGCACAGCCGAAAUACCCGUCGCCGAGUUGUUGUCGCAUGGCGACGCGAAACUGGGUGGCGCCGAGAUUUGCAUUGUGGCCCGCGACAGCGAUGGUAACACGCGCCGCUGGUUUGCCGGCCAAUGUCAGCCGCUGCCCUCGCUCAAGCUGCCGAGGACUUUCUUCUUUGGCAACUUUAAUGUGCGAGGUUCGGGCAGCGCCACAAAGUCACCGAAUACCUGCCUAUUAUACAUAGCUUUAACAUUGUUUGUUAUCCAUAUACAAUAUAUACAGCAAUAAUAAAUGCACUCGCGUAUGAAUACUGCCAGCAUGCACUGUAAGGACGCGCUCUGCUCUGACCUUACAGCUACAGCUGAACAUGUGCGCGCCGCGCGCUAUGCA